ACGGAGUCGGAGAAGGAGAAGAUGUAAUGUCAAGAUUCUAGAAUAGAGGCUUCGUUGAUUCAUUCUACAAUAACAUGUCAUAAAUUUAAACAUUUCAAAUAUGUAUCUAACACAUUAACUUAGAGUUUCUGUGGACAUAAGUUGCUGCAAAAUUGUUCUAAAGGUUAGAUAGAGUUGCCACAGAAAGUCGUGAAGAUGGAGGCAGUACCUAGGCUACCCAUGAUAAGCUUCCUAUUGAAAGUUAGCCCAGAUCGGCAACCUACUGACUUUGGUAAACUUAAACAGUAUAUCCGUGACUUUUAUCAUGAUGACCCUGAGACUUAUUCAGCAGAGUUUCACAAGCUGGAAGCACUCCGAGCCACGGCUAUGCGGCCAGCCAACGACGCCACUGGAUGCGCAGUGCUCAAAAAGUAUUACUGCCAGUUACAUUUCCUCCAAAGCCGAUUUCCUAUGGGCAAGGAUGGAGCUGCAUCCGUAAACUUUACAUGGAGAGACACUUACGCUAGCAUGGUCUGCACCUUGGCUGAUAUCAGGUAUGAGAUGGUCUCCGUGCUAUACAACAUUGGGGCCUUACACUCUCAGCUUGGCGCAACAGACCCCAGAGCCACCAACGAGGGACUCAAACUGGCCUGCACGCACUUCCAGUGCGCCGCUUAUGCCUUCCAGCAUCUGAAGGACACAUAUCCACAGCCCGCGGGGCUGGACCUGGCACCAGACUUGAUGCAGUUCAUGUACCAAAUCUCUCUGGCGCAAGCUCAAGAGUGCAUUCUGGAGAAGAGUAUGACUGAUAAUAGAAAAGCCACCAUUAAUGCCAAAGUAGCUGCACAGAUUGUGGACUACUACAACAUGGCUAUGAAUGCUCUAACUCGUGGAGGGUCAGAUGGUAAUUCCGUCUUGGAGACAGUCGGCAACAGCCAGUUUAAGAGCUGGAAACGAUAUGUUAAGUUCAAGUCUACGUUCUACGGCUGCAUUGCCCUGCUGUACCAGGGACAACAGUCGGAGGAGCAGCAGAAGAUGGGCGAGAGGGUGGCCUACUACCAGGCAGCACUUGAUAAACUGGCAGAGGCCACUAAACUGACCAAGGGGCUGGACCAUCCGGAGGUUAUUGAAGACGCAAUCACUUUCACCAUGGAUGUGGUGGAAGGGAAGCGAAAAGCGGCGAAAAAUGAGAAUGAGUUCAUCUACCAUGAAGAGGUCCCGGAAAAAGACGCACUGCCGGAAAUUAAGAAGGCUUCACUCGUAAAAGGGAUUCCCUUUGAAGUGACGGACCCUGAGAUCUCUGGUCCAGACAUCUUUGGACGACUUGUGCCGAUGAAGGCUCAUGAGGCUUCGUCCCUGUACAGUGAGGAGAAGGCCAAGUUGCUGCGCAGGAUGGGAGCCAUGAUAGAUGAGAAGGACGAGCAACUGGUGGCAUUCACGUCAUCCCUCCAGUUGGAGUGUGUCAAUGCACACCUAGAGUCCAACCGACUACCACAGGACAUAGUAGACCGCUGUGCCGCUCUCAGUGCCAAGCCUGAUGCCAUUCAGAACCUGAUAGAGGCCAUGGACAAGCUGUCGGACAUCUAUCAUGAUGUAGAAGCCAUGCUGAAGGAGAUAAUGGAACUAAUUCAGAACGAAGAGGUGGAAGAGAAGGAGUAUCAGCAGGUGAUGGGUAGCCGGCCUCCGUCUAUAGUGGCUACAGAUCUGACAAGGGAGGCCAAGAAGUACGAGGAGGCUCACAACAAGGCUGCAAUGAGUAACCAGACUCUACACAAGGCUAUGACUCAACAUAUAGCAAACCUGAGACUGCUGGAACUGCCUCUUUCAGAGCUUGCUCAGCAAAUACCAUCCGUCUCAGCACUCAACUUGGGAGAACAGCCUGUGGUGAAGGAGAUGCAGAUGUUGGUAGGAAAGGUGGAGGAGAUGAGGAGACAGAGAGCCAUGUUGUCAUCACAGCUGAGAGAGAGUGUGUGUGCAGACGACAUUACAACACAGCUGGUCACGAGACAACACGACAACCUGGAGGCUAUUUUUCAGGAAGAACUGCAGAAGCAUGUCAAAUAUGUUUCAUUAAUUGAACAGAACCUAACUGCCCAAGAUAACAUCAUAAAAGCUUUAACUGAGACGUAUGCUCAGUACGCUCCCGUGCGCAAAGCCACGAUGGAAGUGAUGAGACAGCGAAACUUGACAUUGUCAGCGCUCAUAUCGUCUUACGAUGCGUACGAAGAUCUCAUAGCAAAGACCAACAAGGGGCAAGAGUUUUACAAGAAACUGGAAACAAACGUAACUAAACUUCACCAAAGGGUAAAGGGAACAUGCAAAGUACAGCAGGAAGAGAGAGACACUAUUCUGGCAAAGAACUGUAAGACACUUCCGUCAAAAGUGAAAUCUUCUGUAGAUGAUGUCCAUCCGUACAUUCCUCCGGGGAAAGGACCCUCUGGUGGGCCAAAAUUAAAGGAUUACCUGGAGAACUAUAAGAGAGACAAGUCGGGUGGAAUCAGUCAAAUUCCUGGAGGCCAAAUGAAUGAACCGUACUACAAUCAGAGUAUACCAGCCAAGCCUACUGGGUACCCUGACAAUGUCACUGCGUAUGACCCAACACCACUCUGGGUACCCAGUGUGAGGCCAGCUCCAGUAGGACAGGAAGGAACCACUCCCAGUACCACUUCACAGGACUUGAAACAAGAACUGAGCAUGAGCUUGUACUCUUCAAAGAGCUUGUACUCUCCACGUAUAAAUACAGAAAUCAUUCAUCCCCCUUAUGAAAACAUGUUUAAGAAAUUAGAAUAUGAUCAUUCAAAAUAUGAUUAUGAUGUCCUUCGUGAAUAUGACAUUUCUGAUGAUGAUCCCUCUACACCCAAUCCUAAACUGCCCAACACUGGCUACCCUGCUCCAGCUCCCUCUUCCAUUGGACAGUCUGUUACAACAUAUCCUGUCACACCGGCCUCACUGGCACAGAACUAUCUAACUUCUUAUGACAUUUAUAAACAGCCUGCUGAAAAUGCCUCUCAAUACAGCCAUUCCACUUGGUAUAGUUUACCAACAAGUACGCCUCAGAGUAAUGUGAAUUCCCAACAAGGAUACACCCCGACCAAUGUCCCGACUACAUUGUCUCAAGAGUAUUCAACUCAAACUUAUCAGCCUAACCAGCCCCAGAAUACAGGUCACGUGCAACAAAUGACCCAGUAUCCCAGUGGAUUUCAAAACUAUCCAACUCAUAACUAUCCUACAGCAACUACUGUCAAUCUUCAGCAUUAUCCGACGACCAUUGCAACCCCGCAAGCUACCAGCUAUCAAGCAGGUUUCAACCAAAGUUCCUUGUACCCUUAUCAAACUCCGUCUACGCAGCCUCAGACGUCUGUUAUGCAAUCUCAGCAGCCGAUUGCUUCAGCAUCACCAGCUUCUGGAGGUUACAAUUUACAAAACAAUCAAGUAGCCAAUCCAUACACUACUCAGAAUUCUGCAGUUGCCCAGGGGACACAAGGGGGACAAGCGAUGUAUACACAAUAUUCAAAUGCUGCUUACCCUGCUGCGUACUCUACUCUGACAAACCAAGGAUCUCACGCAUUGGCACAGUCCAGUGAUCCGAGUAACCAACAGUAUUCACCAUACAUUCCACAGAUGUACUCUGCGUACACCAACGAUAAAGUAUCUCAAGCUAAUACAACACCCUGGGCUAACUCUCAACCUGGUCAAAUCCCCCAGAACUACUACAACCAGUACGCUAACUUCUCCCAGAGCACGGAAGCGAAGUACACUCCUGCUACGGCAGCUUCUUAUUACUCUCGCGCCGGACAAAGCUCGAACUAUCAGACAAGUGCAUCCACACCGCAACAGACUAAUCAGGUUGGCCAACCUACCUACACUCAGGGCAACUACUACUACCAACCUUACGGGUAUCAGUACACAUCAGGAACUUUGCAGAAUUUGACCGUGGAGUCGCCCUCAAGAGUAUACACCCCUAGCCAGACUCAACAAGGACAAAUAACACCUCAAAGUCCAAUGACGUACAUGCAGGCCUCGAGUAACUUGACUCUCACUUCUGUCAACAGCGCCAAGAGCGUUACUGGGGAUAAAGACUCUUCUAACGUAGAUCUGUUGGCUGGUCUUGAUUUUUCUGUCAGUCAAGAUCCUCUUGUGCCUCAACAGCAGAAAGAAGUGUCUGUCAAACCUGUGUCAGUAAACUCCAUUGUGGAAAAGUUUGCUGCUGUCACUUUGACAGAAACAAGUUCUUCAGAGACUACUGUGGAGUCAAAUUCCUCUGUGGAAUCAAAAGCAUCGGUGGAAUCAUCAGAAUCAGUCUACGUAACUGCCCAAUCGAGCUCGGAAGACAAAGUAGGGAAGAAAUUUCAAUUAAAAGAUCCAUUUAACGACACCGAAGCCUUGAACCAGUUUGUCCAGGAAGUAGAGAAGUUUGAAAAAUUUGUUGAGAGUUUAACGGUGAAAACUCUCAAUGGACCUACACCACUGGAUAUCAAAUGGAAGGAACUGCUAGAUUUGAAGGAAAAGGACAGUGACAAUCACAGUAUUUCUGUCGCUCGCUGCUAUCCAGUGAAGAACCGGUUCUCUGAUAUUCUUCCUUAUGAUAACUCCAGAGUAGAACUGCCGUCCACUAAAGAUGAUUACAUAAACGCAUCGUAUGUCAAGGAUGUAACACCCAACUUCCCAGACUUCAUAGUUACACAGAUGCCUCUACAAGCCACUUUUGGGGACUUUUGGACCAUGGUGCUGGAGCAGCAGGUGGAGCUGAUAGUCUGUCUACUGAACGACACAGAGGUAGAGGAGGCUGGGGGCAGAUACUGGCCUACAGAGAAGGGAGUGGAGAUGAUAGUAGGUCGUGUCAAACUGACCCUGCAGACCUGUAACACCUGCAAACAUUGGGUGGAGCGAAUCAUAUACGUCACUGACACGAGACUGGCCAAAGUGGUUGUACACCUACAAUUCACUGAGUGGCCCGGCAGUUCGUUCCCGUCGUCUCCUGGACCAUUCCUGUCUCUGGUGUCUGAGUCCCUCAACAAUGUUGCUCAACAGAGAGGUGGAGGCCCUGCUGUCGUCCACUGUCUCUCAGGUGUGGGCAGGUCAGGUCUGUUUCUGCUCACGGCAGCCUCCAUCUGUCACAUCCUGAACUGUCGUACUCUCCCGGACCUGGUGAUCCUGGCGGCCGUCAUAGCCAGGUGGCGCAAGAACCCUCUCCGGGACAGAGAGCACUUCCGUUUCAGCUACCAGACAUUGCUGUACUAUGCGCAGGACCUACUCAUGAAACGUGGCAUUUUAGCGAGCAGAUCAAGUUUUGAGGAGAAGCGGACCAAAUCUCACACUCGGCACCCUUCAGAGGACUUCUUGCUGGGUCCUCCCAAGGAUGUCAUGCCUCAGGAGAGUCCUGAGAAAAAACAGUCAGAAGGUAUUUCCUCAGAAGCAGCUGCCUCCAACUCUUCAGAUCCUCUCAGUCAACUUGACCCCCUUUGGUCUCUCAAGAGACCCAAGUAGUUAUAUUCCUACAACAGUGAUUUUAUAUUGUUUAUUAAAUAUUUCUAUGACUAUCGAUUGCUUAUUUGUGAGUUAUAAGUAUUGUUAAAAAGUAUCUUUUAGUUUUAUUAACUUAUUCAUAUUUACAGUUUAAUAAAGUUUAAUCUUAA